GACAUAUCUUCCCAAAGCGUGACCUUGAUGGAGACAAUAAAUAGGGGCCACACAGCUUGCGCUCUCUCUAGCCUUUCAGCGCGCGCAUAGGUGUGUGGAAACUUUUAUCCAAUUGACCCUGGAAGUGUAGCAGGACUGUGGAGGCAGCACCAAGUCCCGCUUACUGGACAUGAAGGAGUUUGGAGAGGCAGCGCCCUUUCUGCGCAAGUCGGAUCUCGAGUUACUGGCAGCGCAAACUGUGGCAUUCGAUGGUAAAAAGCGUGCCUGGAUCCCGGACGAGAAGGAGGCAUACAUUGGAAUUGAAAUCAAGGAGAUCAGCGGCAUCGUUGAGUCAAAGGAUGGAAGGAGCAUCGCCGUUAAGGAGGAUGACAUCCAGCAAAUUAAUCCUCCCAAAUUUGAUAUGAUUGAGGAUAUGGCCAUGCUGACGCACCUGAAGGAGGCUUCGGUUCUGUUUAACCUGCGCAGGCGCUACGGCAACUGGAUGAUCUGCACGUACUCCGGGCUUUUCUGUGUGACGGUGAACCCCUACAAGUGGCUCCCGGUCUAUACUGCCCCCGUUGUGGCUGCCUACAAGGGCAAGCCCCGCUCCGAUGCCUCACCGCAUAUCCACUCCAUUGCGGACAAUGCCUACAAUGACAUGUUGCGCAAUCGUGAGAACCAGUCUAUGCUUAUCACUGUUGACUUGCUUCUGGUCUCCUCCAACCCAUAUGACUAUCAUUUCUGCUCCCAAGGCAUGACCACCCUCGAGAGCAUGGAUGACGGACAGGGACUCAUGGCCACAGAUCACGCCAUGAACAUCUUGGGCUUCAGUCCGGAUGAGAAGUAUGGCUGCUACAAGAUUGUAUCUGCUGACCUCAUUAGGGGUCUGCUGCAUCCCAGAGUAAAAGUGGGGAACGAGUACGUGGUGAAGGGACAAAAUGUGGAACAGGUUAACUACGCAGUGGGAGCCUUGGCCAAAGCCACAUAGGACCGCAUGUUUAAAUGGCUGGUGGGGCGCAUCAACAAGACCCUCAACACUGCACUGCCUCGACAGUUCUUCAUCUGCGUCCUCGACAUCGCCGGGUUUGAGGUCUUUGAUGUGAACAGCUUCGAGCAGCUCUGCAUCAACUUCACCAAUGAGAAACUGCAACAGUUUUUCAACCACCACAUGUUCAUCCUGGAGGAGGAGGAGUAUGAAUGGACCUUCAUUGACUUCGGGCUGGACCUCCACGCCUUCAUCGACCUCAUUGAAAAGCCCAUGGGAAUCCUUUCAAUCCUCAAAGAGGAAUGCAUGUUCCCCAAGGCCACGGACAACAGCUUCAAAGCCAAGCUGUACGACAACCACCUUGGCAAAUCUCCCAACUUCCAGAAGCCACGGCCGGAUAAGAAGCGCAAAUUCGAGGCUCAAUUCGAGAUAAUGCACUACGCUGGAGUGGUGCCUUAUAAAAUCAGUGGCUGGCUGGACAAAAACAAAGACCCACUGAAUGAAACAGUGGUGGGCGUUUUUCAGAACUCCUCCAACAAGCUGCUGGCCACUGUCUAUGAGAACUACAUCAGCUCAGACACAGCCUCUGAUCCCAAAUCUGGUGGCAAAGAAAAGAGGAAGAAGGCCGCCUCCUUCCAGACCGUGUCUCAGCUCCAUAAGGAGAAUCUGAAUAAGCUGAUGACCAACCUGCGUAGCAAUCAGCCCCAUGAGACCAAGACUCCAGGGAUCAUGGAUUCGUUCAUGGUCCUGCACCAGCUGCGCUGUAACGGCGUGCUGGAGGGGAUCCGUAUCUGCAGGAAGGGCUUCCCAAACCGCAUCCUCUACGAUGACUUCAAGCAGAGGUAUCGCAUCCUGAAUCCUCAUGCCAUCCCAGAUGACACAUUUGUGGACAGCAGGAAAGCUGCAGAGAAGCUGCUGGGCUCUCUAGAAAUCGACCACAACCAGUACCGCUUUGGUCACACCAAGGUGUUCUUUAGGUGGUGCUGCAAGGCCAGCUGGAGGAGAUGAGAGACGAGCGUCAGGCUAAAGUGCUGACUCUGCUGCAGGCCGCCAGCUGAGGCAAGAUCAUGAGGACGGAGCGGAGGAGGAUGACAGAGAGGAAGUAGGCUCUGAUGGUCAUCCAGUGGAACAUCCGGGCCUUCAACAUGGUGAAGAACUGGCCGUGGAUGAAGCUCUUCUUCAAGAUCAAGCCUCUUCUGAAGAGCGCCACCACGGAGAAGGAGCUGGAAUCUCUGCAAACCACCCUUGAUGCGAAGGCCAAGUCCCGCAACGAGGCCAUCAGGCUGAAGAAAAAGAUGGAGUGUGACCUGAAUGAGAUGGAGGUGUAGCUGAAACACGCCAUCUGUUGAGGUGAAAUGAACAUUUCGGUUGACUGUGCUUAAAAAACUGCAAGUCCCACAAUGCACCACUAGCAGGCCAGUGCAGCCUGCUCAUUAUUUUAAGUGGGAACACCUGAGAAGGAAAGGAGGUCUCUCAGUAAACACUCCAGCAAACAUUUCAGCAGAAAGAGAGACACACGAAAAGGAUCUACUUGUGGUGCAACCAAAGAAGCCACUGGACCUUCGGCUGGAGCUUGACGAGACGGUGCACCAGAAUUCUGGAGCAGAAGGAGCAAACGGCCAUGACGGAGCGCAGGAACAACCUGCUGGUGGCCGAGGUGGCCGAGCGCCGUAGGCUGCUGGAGCAGAGCGAUCGAGCCCGCAAGCUGGCCGAGCACGAGCUGCUGGAGACCACCAGGAGGGUCGAACUGCUGCAUCACAGACGCAGCUUGCAGAAUGACGAGGAGGGACCUUACCAUAAUCUCACACUCACAGUCAAGCUGCUGCAACAGAUGGGUUUGACUGUGUGAUGGCAAAUGCAUUAAAAACCGUGAAAGAAA